AUUAACACCAGACCAACCAUACGUUAAGUGUCGGAAAUGAUGUCUCCAGCUGAUCCUCGACGAUCGAUACACCAUUUUGGAAGUUUCGUUACAUUCUUCAAAAAUAUAUUGUGCUUUAUAUGAGGCUUUAUUGGCUUCCCAGAAAUGGGAGACUUAGAUCCUCUUGAGGUCCCGGGUCUAUUAAAGCUGAAAUAUUGGACAAGAAACAAUUCUUCACGCUCAUUACCGUUCAUCCGAAGGAUGGUUUCUUCAUUAAAAUCUGUAAUUACUAUUCCUUCGGCCUAGUUACGGUGCAAUCUGACACACGAUAGAUCAAGGAAAAGAUUUGUGAGUGAUGGCGUUGAUGCGUCCGCCAGAAUGGCCUGGAUAAUGCUUUGGCAGACCACGUCGCUCGAUCGUGAGCGGUUUGAACGACUCCUGCACAAACACAAUAGCGGAAGCGGUUAUAGCGCCUGAUAACUAAACAACACAGCAACCACAAUGUCUGAAGAUACGCGCGUCAAAAUACAGGUUUUCCGGCCAACUUGGGAAGAGUUCAAGAAUUUUCCAAAGUAUAUAGAAUACAUAGAGUCACAAGGUGCUCAUAAAGCCGGCCUAGCAAAGAUUAUACCGCCACCAGAAUGGAUACCGCGCAAGAUGGGAUACAAUUUGGAUAGCUUGGACAUUACUAUACCGGCCCCAAUUUGUCAGGUAGUAACGGGAAAGCAAGGACUUUAUCAACAAAUCAACAUUCAAAAGAAUCCCUUAACCGUAAAGCAGUUUGCUGAAUUAGCUAAUACAGAACGCUAUGCUACACCUAAACAUUUCGACUAUGAAGAUUUGGAGCGAAAAUACUGGAAGAACAUUACUUACGUUGCUCCCAUUUACGGUGCUGAUGUAUGCGGAAGUAUUACCGAUAAAGACUGCGAUAUCUGGAACAUUAAUCAUCUCGGUACGAUAUUGGAUUACGUUGAUGCGGAUUAUGGAAUAUCGAUAGAUGGAGUAAAUACGGCUUAUCUCUACUUUGGGAUGUGGAAAACAACGUUUGCCUGGCACACCGAGGAUAUGGAUUUGUACUCCAUCAACUAUCUGCACUUUGGUGCACCCAAAACAUGGUACGCUGUGCCACCGGAGCAUGGCCGAAAGUUGGAAAAGCUGGCAAAAAAUAGUUUCCCCGCCAGCCACAAUACGUGUUCCGCCUUCCUGCGCCACAAGAUGACGCUCAUUAGUCCGCAGAUUCUCAAGCAACACAACAUUCCAUUCGAUAAGAUAACGCAGGAAGAGAAUGAAAUAAUGAUUACCUUUCCGUUUGGUUACCAUGCCGGAUUUAAUCACGGGUUUAACUGUGCCGAAUCGACCAACUUUGCCAUGCCUCGAUGGAUCGAGUACGGUAAACGAGCGGCACAGUGCUACUGCAGCACGGAUAUGGUUAAGAUUUUGAUGGAUACCUUUGUGAAACGGUUCCAACCGGAGCGGUACGAAUCGUGGAUGGAUGGUACCGAUUUUGGUCCGCAUCCGGAAGAUCCGACCAGUAUCGUAGGCCCACCACCACGCAUUACAGAAGCAGAUGACGAAAAGGGCGAGGGUAUUGGCGAGGGUGAACCAGUACCGAUGAAGAAGGGUUGCAAUCCCACGGUCAGCAUAAGGAAGAUUUCGUUCAAGGAGAAAAAUCCCGACCUAGACCUAUUGGACAUCCAACAAAAUCCACACCUGCCGGAUGAUGUUAAGCAGGCACUUAGUGGCAUUGCAGAGGAAGACGACGAGUGUGAUUUGUCCGCACAAACGCAACAGCCAUCGAAAAGCUUCAAACCAUCGUCUUACGAUCCAUUCGACGAUGAGGAGGACGAAGAACCCGAAACAAAUGCGAAAAAAUCGGGCAAAAAACGGAAAAAAAUGGACAGCGAUUACGAUGACGAUUGGUACUCUAGCACCCAUGGAAGAGCGCGGGCGCGCAAAAGCGUAACACCGAAAAAACGAGACGAUACCAAUGAAGAAUCGAACAGAGCCAACAAUCGGAGGGCACAGCUAGAGGCGAAAAAGAAGGAAAAGGAAGAGAAAAAAGCCGCUAGACAGAAGCAGCUCGCCGAGAAAAAGGAAGCCUUGGCUAAAGAGCGCAAGGAACGGCGGCUGGAGAACGAACGUCUUAAACGGCUGCUCGUCGUUCGUAAGUUUCAGGCAGAAAAUAAUCGUACCGUGGCAAAGCAAGAAAAACCGCUUCCCAUUACGCCUCCCGAUCCGUUACGCGUUGAGCCGAAAACGAACGGUGGGUUUGGGUGUGGGAGAAUUUGCAUCCUAAAGGCACCGACCUAUCAACGGUCCGUAUCGUUGGACGAGGAAGAUCCACUCAAUGUACGAGCACGCCAUUCAAUGCCACCACCGUGCAAAGGUGGUAAACCUGGGAAAGCAAUAAUAAAAUCGACCGUGCGCAAAUCACUUCCCGAUCCCGUGCUUACGGAUAUAAUGAAACGAUAUCCCGAAGUGGUAGUAGAACGUUCAAUUCCUACGCAAGCUGGUGCAUUCGGCAUUAAUCGUAAGCCCGAAAGUAAGGCAGAAAUUACACAAACCUGUUCAAUAACUCGCGUAGCGAAUCCGCGCAAAAGCAAACCGGUCCCGAACAACGCUAGUCUCUUGCGGCAAAAUGGCAAAACGGUGAGUUGUGUUAGUAUAGAAAAGAUUGACACGAAAAGUGCGUCCAUCUCUUCGGCUCCUGGUAGCGUAAGUAACAUGGUUCCCGGUUCUUUUAAGAAAAAAUCUACUAAAAGCCCCAAGUAUAUUCGGCCAGUAAACGUUAAACCGGUCGUGUAUGAAGCGCCGAGUAAAAAUCCAUCGCCAGAUUUGUUCGACAAUAGUAAAGACUACCUAACAGUAUUUAAUCAAUUUGUGACGGCCGAUAAGAAAGUGUGUCCGAUGUUGGUCAGUAGCACCUCACAAAUAGUACGCCCGACGAACAGUUCGGGGCAGCAUAAAAUUCCACCCACGGGCAGCUUUAAUCUGAAUACACCGAAUAUGGCCGAGGAUUUAACAGUUUCAAAAAAAAAUCUACCAAACCAAACCGGUGUGAGUGUGGCAAAGCAACCACAGCUAGCAAACGUUGGUACCACAUCGGUACGGUCGAAUGCUAAACAAUCGCCGCUACUAUCGCCCAAGAACGAAGCGUCAUCAGCGGUAGCAAGUACCAAAUGCCACGGUGGGAAUGAAUCUACCGUUCUUUUCAUCACCAACAAUCACAUCAACAGGGAACGUACGAUACUGAAAGUACCGACACCUGCAAUAAAACCGAUCACACAACCAGUAUCGGUUACGGAACAUCCCGGUGUGGAUGUAAAUUCACAGUCCAAAAAUUUAGUAUUCAUCAUUAGCGAAACCGGCACAAAGCUGCAUCCCCUAAUGCCAUACAACGAUGCACCGCUAACGGAGGAUUUGCUGUCCGCUAUCAACAGUACGCCGGUGCCACAGUCAGCAAAUUUUCGUGCAAAGGAAUCUUUAAUGCAGCGGAACAGUUCAUGCAGUUAGGAACGUAGUUGAAUGUGAUGUAUGGUUAGUUUUAAUUUUGCCUAUCAACCAAAAACAAACCCAUACCAGAUGUAAAUGUUUAUCAUUUCCGUUGUUCUGUUUAAUGCUCAUUCUUUAGAUCCUGAUGAGCUCGGGAAGUUAGUACUUUUCACGAUACAAGAAAAAACCAACAAAAAGUUUCAUUUCUAUUGUAAAACGAUUUUCUUUUAACGUAGGUUGGAUCUUUUAGCAUUUAAUAUGUGAUGUGAUAGUGCAGAUAACAUGCAUCAUCUGAACAUCAGACUUUAAAGUUUAGCAAACAACACAACGUUCUGUGUGUUUAUGUAGCAUGUAUUAAGCAAAAAAUGUGUGCUUUUUACAUUUAAUUAUUAGCCGCUUCAUCAUGGUCUCAUCGCUCGAUCCUGCUGAACAGUUUCAGUUUGUAAGACGUUAGGGAAAAGGUGUUACACGUUUUUUGGGGGGAAGAGAAUGUAUUUGCUGCAUUUUCCCCCUUGCGUGUUUAGUUAUCACACCUAAUAGAAGUAUAAUAACAGCUAUGCAAAUUAAUGUGAACUACCAUUUUAACAAUACAACUAUAGAUAAAUGAUUUCAAACAGCACAAUCACAAA